AGAAUGGGGACGGGUGGGAGGGAGGCUGCCGGCGGCUGUCACUCAACCGCGCCUCCUUUAAAAGCGGAGUCGGAGCGGAGCGGCGCAGAGCGGCGGAGGGCGAUGAGUGCGCGCAGUCCCGAUGCAUCCCCGCGCCCCACGGAGACCCCCGGCGGGCAGCAGGAAGCCAAAGCCGCCGACCCCAAAAGAGGGGAGGAGGAGGAGGAGGAGAUCGACAUCGAUCUGAGCGCACCGGAGACGGAGCGGGCGGCUCUCAGCAUCCAGGGGAGGUUCCGCCGCUUCCAGAAGCGCAAAAAGGAAUCGGGACCUUAAAGAUCCGCCCCCCCCCCCCCCCCCCGGCCGGAACCCCCCCACCCCAUUAUUUACAUAGGGCAUCCCGCCCCGUCCUUCUUAUGGGGGCUCAGCUCUCAGCCGCUCCUCACCCAUGGGGUCAACUCGUCUCCAAUAGGGUCAGAUGUGGAGAUGGGGGGGUUGGGGGUCCCCGAUGUCCCCCAACGUGGGGGUGGCCCCGGUGUGAGGAUGGGGGGGGGGGGGGGGGGGCGUUUGUCCCCCUCUAUGGUGAUGCCGAUACCGGGGGGGGUUCUGGGGUGGUGUCCCCCAAGUGAGGGACCCCCCCUCAUACCCUCUUAGGGGGGCAGGGGGUGUUGAAGGCUGUGUCACCAUAUCCCCCCCCCCCCCACUUUGCUUUUUUGGGGGUGGGGGGGUGAGCAGUGCCUGGAAUAAAGCAGUGGGAGAAGAGCAGUGGUGUGGUCUGUAU